AUGGGACGUGAUGGCGCUCGGUCCAUCGCAGCGUCAACGAGCCCCAUCCUAGAGCAGGAAUCGGCGGUAUCCCCGGUGGUAGCGGGCACGAGCCAGUCUGUAUCAGAAGGGCAGGUGCGAGGCAAGACAACGUCGGAUACUAGCUACAGAGCGCCAGGAUUAACCGCUGGUAGCUUUGAUGGUGAAUCCUACCGAAGCCACGUAGGCGGAACAAGGGACGACAAACGAGUGGAGGGUGAAAUCGUUCGUAUGCCAGCACACGAACGACGACAGCGAGUAGCGGAGAUUGAACGUGAGCUCAUCGCACUUCGCGAAAUGUGUCAACUCGAAAAGAUGGAAGAAUGGUGCCGGGAAACGGAUCGUUUGGGAGCACCGUUGUUAAAUCCGCUUGAGUACGAGGAUCGAGCCGCGUUCGAAGAAUGGAUCCGCGGGAUGGAAAGUUCUAUGAGGCAGACCGAACGUGUGGACUAUUUCGGGCCGUUCCUCGUAGCAGUCGGGAGGCGAGUAGAGAAACGAUGGGGCGUGAUAUUCACCUGCCUAACGACCAGAGCUGUACACCUAGAGAUAGCACAUUCCCUCAACACAGCGUUGUGCAUUAUGGCUAUCCGUAGAUUUAUAGCCAGGCGCGGAUCACCGCUAGAGAUCAUCAGUGACCGAGGGACCAACUUCGUCGGAGCGUCGCGUGAACUGGAUGAGGCGCUAAAACUGGUCGACCAUGAGAAGCUGAUGGUUGAGUUUUGCGGACCGAACCUAAAGUGGACCUUCAACCCGCCGGGAGCCCCACAUUUCGGAGGGUGCUGGGAGCGGCUCGUUCGUUCAGUAAAAACGGUGCUGGGCAAACUCGACCUGCCACGGCGACCGACAGACGAGGUACUUGGUUCAACAUUCACAGAGAUAGAGCUUAUUCUUAAUUCCAGACCGUUGACGUAUGUGCCACUGGAUAACGAGAUGUCCGGACCGAUCACCCAAAACCACCUGCUAUUGGGGAGUUCGAACGGAAGCAAACCACCUAUUCCGCCGUGUGAGGGACCAGCCGCCGUGCAAUCGGGUUGGAAAGCUGCUCAACUAAAUGCCGAUAUAUUCUGGAGAAAGUGGGUGGCCGAGUACUUACCAACGCUAACUCGUCGGACGAAGUGGUUCCAGCCGGUGCAACCUAUCCAGGAAGGGGACGUCGUGAUCGUAGUCGAUAACACCCUCCCUCGCAACUCUUGGCCCAAAGGACGUGUGACCUCUGUCGUACAUGCUAAGGACGGGCAAGUUAGGCAGGCCACCGUUGAUACGGGUUGCGGAACGUACGUAAGACCUGCGCACAAAAUAGCCGAUUUAGAUUUAGAAAAGGAAAUAGUACUUACCACAAAACCGCAGACUGUGUUACGGGAAUAA